GAAAACGCUGUGCUGAGCCUGGCAGAAGUCUGCCCUCACACUCAGAAUCGCCAUAAAUGUGCAACGUAUAUUCCAACGAAAAACGCUGGCGAGCUGGGGACUGGGCAUUGAAGGCCGGCGGAGGCGGGAGCGAGGAGGCGCCUCUCUCCUCAGUCACCUCGGCGGCGGCGGCGGCGGCGGGAGCGGCGGCGGCGGCGGCGACGACUCCCCCCAGCCUCGGCGCGCGACACCCGGCCCGGCCCGGCGGCGGCGGCGGCGACGGCGCGUGUCCACGAGUCCGUCUUGCUGCUGCUGCUGCUGCUGCCGCUGCUGCCGCUGCGUCCCCCGCUGCCGCCGCUGCCCCGUUACCGCCGCUGCCUGCUGGCGUCGCCUCGCGCCGUUCCCGGCCGCCGCUGCCGCUCCAGCCGCUCCCGGACGGACGACGGUUACAGCCUGGCCGAUCGCGCCGCCGCCACCACCGCUGCGCGCGCAGCCGGACCAGCUCCCGCCGCCGCCCCUCAGGGGGCGCUGCGGGGCGCGGCGCGCGCGGCCGUGGCCCCGCCCUCGACGCCGCCGAUUGGUGGCCGGCGGCUCGCGGCGGUUGGCCCCGCCCACCCUGCCUACGGGGCGCUGACCCACUGCCCUGGGCGCCUGCCGCUCUCCGCCUCCUCGUGGUUCGCACUGCUCGGCACUGGGGGGCGACGGAAGGCGCAUCCAUGUGA